AUGGAUUUGGAGGAGCGCACGGCGUGGCUGGAGGCCCACCCCACGCCCGAGGGCUUCGAAGCGAUUACGGAGGGGGCUGCACGAGUCAUCUUCGAAAACAAGAACGAGGUGUUCUACAACCCCGCUCAGGAGGUCAAUCGUGACCUCUCCGUUCUAGUCCUUCGUCUCUUUGCCGAGCAAAUGCGUCAGGAGCGAGGCGAGAAGUUCGACGGCAUCACCAUUCUCGAGGCUCUGUCCGCUACCGGUCUGCGUUCGGUCCGGUACUGGAAGGAGGUUCCCGGCAUCAAGUCGAUCGUGGCCAACGACAUCGAGACAGCGGCAGUCAAGAACAUCCGACGCAACGUCCACUUCAACGGCAUCAGCGACACCCAGAUUAUUCCCAACCAAGGCGACGCCAGGGCGGUGAUGUACCAGAACCAGAAGGCCUACGACGUGAUCGACCUCGACCCCUACGGCUCCGGAGCCGAGUUCUUCGACGCCGCUGUGCAGUCCAUCAACGACGGAGGCCUGAUCUGCGUGACCUGCACUGACAUGCAAGUGCUGUGUGGCAACUACCCCGAAGUGUGCUCCUACAAGUACGGAGCGCUGCCGCUGAAGGGCAAGCCCACGCACGAGCAGGCCGUGCGUAUCGUGCUGGCGUCGUUGGAGCGAUCGGCCGCGAGAUACCAGAGACACAUCGUUCCUCUCAUCUCGCUCAGCAUGGACUUCUACGUCCGCAUGUUUGUGCGAGUCUAUACUCGGCCCGAGGAAGCCAAGCGCAGCAUGCUGUGCGAAGGCAAGGGCGCCUCCCAGAGAUACCUGGCCGCCAGUGGCCCGCCCGUCAACCGAAACUGUGACGACUGCGGGCGUGAUCACAAGGUGUUGGGUCCCAUUUGGAACAGAUCGCUCUACGACGACGAGUUCAUCAAGAAGGCGAUGGAGGAGUUGGAGAAGAACAGCGCCUUGUUCAAGACACACAAGAAAGUGAACGGCUAUCUCUCCGUCCUGUCUCAGGAGUUGCCCGACCAGCCUCUGUUCUACGACCUGCCCGCAAUCUGCAAGGUCCUCCACGCCCAGCAGCCCGCGAUGAGCGUGUUCAAGUCUGCCAUCCUGAACGCCAACAGGGGCUACAGGAUCUCCAUUUCGCACACGGUGGCCACCGCCAUCAAGACCGAUGCUCCCGCAUCGUUCUUGUGGGACAUACUGAGGGGCUGGAACAAGCUGCACCCCGUCCGACCGCCCCCGCCAGGCUCCGUUGCGGCCGCCAUCCUCGAGAAGGAGCCCUCCUUCGAGGCCGACUUCACCGAGCGAGAAGACGCUAAGCCCGAGAAGUCGAAGAAGCCCAGGUUUGUGCACAACCCGCCCAACUGGGGACCCGGCACUCGUCGCCAGAUCAACGUCAAGAGAGCCGCACCGGAAGCCGAGACGACCAAGGAGGGCGAGGAGGCCCAGGCCGAGAAGGAGACGUCCCAGCCCCAGGCCAAGAAGAAGCGACAAGACAGUGAAGAGACCGCGCAGCCCUAG